UGCUGCUACCUAAACGGAAAAUGGAGGAGGAGCAAAAAGCUGAAAGAGGAGGAAGCACUCCGGCACCGGCGAAAGCCAACGGAAAACGUAAAGUUAAGAAAGAUUUUGAAGAAGAAAAUACACCGGAUAAAGUUCCAAUCAUUCUGUCUUCGAGUUCCAAUUCUCACAACCAUGUGAACAAUGGAGCAAAAUCAGAAUCAUCCGAAGAAGAAGAACAACGACAAGUGGAAGUAUCUGGAGAAAAGGAUGUCGUGGAUGAUUCUGUAGAGGCGGAGGAUGCGGCAAACAGCACUGAUGCGUCGAACAAGAAGAAGAAAGCGAAGAAGGAGGUGAAAGAAGAUAAAAAUCAAAAGAAGAAGAAGAAGAAGAGAAAAGARGAGAUUGAGGAGAAAGAGAGUAGUUCAUUGUACCAGAUUCCGAUGAAUCGUGUGAGCCGUAUCAUUAAGAGCGAAGAUCCUAACAUUCGUAUCUCUCAAGAAGCCGUUUUCAUCAUCAACAAAGCUUCGGAAAAGUUUCUCCAGCUAUUCACUACAGAAGCAUAUGCUAGUGCUUUUCUGGAUCGAAAGAAGCAUAUUGAUUACAAACACCUUUCUUCAGUGAUUAGUAAGCGAAGGAGAUUCGACUUUCUUUCAGAUUUUGUUCCAGAGAAAGUGAAAGCAGAGGAUGCUUUAAAAGAAUCAUCACCAACAGUAGAGACUUGAAAAACAUGGUAUUAAAACCCAAUUUUUGGCUUUUAGAAAUGGAGGUUAGAGAGAGCCACUUUGUGUUUUAUGAGGAUAUUAUUCCAUUCUUAUUUGUAAAAUUGAUGUGCAUUUUGGUGUUGUUGAAAUUACAGAUCAUAUUCUGUGUAAUACAAGGAUAUAUGUUUGGUUUUAA